UUUCGGUUUCUGUUUCAGUUCCAGAGCAGAGUCGACCAGUUGAGCUUUUGCAGCGAUCGCGUGCGGCUGGCUCGGGCUCCCGUUGUUUCGUCUUUUCUCAUCGUGCCGCUGUCGUGUCUUUUCCGCGUGUGAUUCCACCGUAUACCGUUCUCGCUCUGUCCAAGCUUUUUGCAGCUGCAAUCUGAAUUUUGUGUCGGAAUCGUGCCGCCUAAUGCGACAGUGGAGCAUCGAGCGUCUGUCCCCGACGCAGGUCGUGUAAAAUGUCCGUGUGCGCCCUCACCCAACCGCAACAGAAGCAGAAGCAGAAGCAGAAGUCGCCCCGGCCAGCAGCUGGAAAACCUUUGCUGACACCACUUACCGCUGCCGGCGCACUGCCGCUCCAGGGCUCCGCGAGCUUGAGCAAGAAUCAGAUACCGCCGACGCCGCCGCCCUCGCCGCAGGUCCGCAUCUACGAGGACUUUGACAGGAUGAGCGCCAAGGAGGUGUACUACAAUGAGGCGGGCAAGAAGGUGACCGUCAAGCUGCUGCACUUCCCCGACGUGUCGCCCGAGGACAUAGCCAAGCUCCGCUUCGACGACGAGGAGGACGACGAGGAAGAGGAGGAGGAGGAGGAGGAGGAUGACGGCCGUGUGCCGAAGAAAGCGGCCGCAGACAGCGACGCGGAUGCGGGCAGCGAGGCGGAGACCAACAAUGGACAUCCAGAGGCGACUGGCGGCGGCAGCAGCUCCGGCACCACCACCACCAGCAGCACCGUCAAGAAACUCUUCCGCCGCAAGCUGUCGGGCAACAACAUGCAGUCGAGGAAGUGCAGCCUGGCCUUUGCCCAGGCCCACGGCAUUCGGCAGCGCGCGGAGAAGAAGCUCUCCAUGCCGACCAUCAGCAUCACGGCCAAUUCGGGCGAUCAAAUGGCGCACAACAUGAGCCUCAAUCUGAAUCUGGCGGGGAGCCGGAAGCUCUCGCAGCAGCACUCGCUGCCGCCGGGCUCCGGUUCGGGUUCCGGGUCCCCGAGCUCGCCCACGGCGCUGGGACUGGGGCCGCGGCGCUCCCAUUCGCCGCUGGGCCAGAGCCUGUGUCCGGGCUACAUUCAGUACUCCAAGUCGCUGCUGGAGGUGCCCAUGCCGCGGGACUACGGCUACGCCAGCAGCGAUGAUCUGAGCUCCGAGUGGGACUCGGAUGUGUCCACCUCGGGCGCCCCGAACGCCUCCUCCGGCUCGACAUCAGCGACGGCGGCAGGCGGUGGCGGUGGCGGUGCGCCGGGCACCAAGAAGAGCUCUGGCUGGCGGAAGAUUCGGAACAUUGUGCAAUGGACGCCCUUCUUUCAGACGUACAAGAAGCAGCGCUAUCCAUGGGUCCAGCUGGCCGGGCAUCAGGGCAACUUCAAGGCCGGUCCCGAGCCGGGCACCGUCCUCAAGAAGCUCUGCCCCAAGGAGGAGGAAUGCUUUCAGAUCCUCAUGCAGGACCUGCUGCGGCCCUACGUGCCCGUCUUCAAGGGUCAGGUGACCAGCGAGGAUGGUGACCUUUACUUGCAGCUGCAGGACCUGCUGAGCGACUACGUCCAGCCAUGCGUGAUGGACUGCAAGGUGGGGGUGCGCACCUACCUCGAGGAGGAGCUGUCCAAGGCCAAGGAGAAGCCCAAGCUGCGCAAGGACAUGUACGACAAGAUGAUACAGAUCGACGCCCAGGCGCCCACACUGGAGGAGCAUGCGGCCAAGGCGGUGACUAAGCCCCGCUACAUGGUCUGGCGUGAGACAAUCUCCAGCACGGCCACGCUGGGCUUUCGCAUCGAGGGCAUCAAGAAGAGCGAUGGCACCAGCUCCAAAGAUUUCAAAACGACCAAGUCACGCGAACAAAUCAAACUGGCCUUCAUGGAGUUCCUCAGCGGCCAUGCCCAGAUUCUGCCGCGUUAUAUACAGCGACUGCGCGCCAUACGCGCCACUCUGGCCGUGUCCGAGUUCUUCCAGACCCACGAGGUGAUCGGCAGCUCCCUGCUAUUUGUGCACGAUCAUACCCAUGCCAGCAUCUGGCUGAUUGACUUUGCCAAGACGAUGGCACUGCCGCCGGAGCUGCACAUCGAUCACUAUUCGGCGUGGAAGGUGGGCAACCACGAGGAUGGCUACCUGAUUGGCAUCAACAAUCUCAUUGACAUCUUCGUCGAGCUGCAGGCGACCCUCGAAAAGGACGCAGAACCAUCCAAAAAUGAGGAGGAUGGUGCAGCAGGAGGAGCCGAGGAGUGAAACCAAGUUCGUUGCAGGAAGAAAGGUUGGACGGGGCUGAGCCCCUGAGUAGCACGAAACACGAUUGAAUAUUCCCCCUAAAAACCCAACUUUAGGCUAGAAAAUAGUUCUCUUCUUUUUUUUUUUUUUUUUUAUAUAAACUACAUACAUUUAACCCGUUAAAUUUAAAGAAAAAGACUGAAACAGAAUAUACCUAUACGAUAUAUAUGUAAACAAAACUUAUAGAUAUAUUUACAUACAUUUACAUAAACAAUAUGCAAGUGCAGAUAAAUGCAUGCAAAAUGUACAAGUAAAUGUCCCUGAAGCUUAUUUGCGCUGCUGCUGCUGCUGCUGCUGCUGACCAAGUAAUUUAUUUAUGCAAGAUGGCACAACCCCACGAAGCGCGUACAAAUGUAGCAAAAAUGAAAUGAAAUCAAUCAGAAUAAUAAUAUGUAAUCCAUAAUGUUAAGAGCAGAGUUUAGUUGUAUUGUUAUUAAUGUAACGUUAUUGCGAUUACCUACUAAAUACAUACUAAUUGUGCACUAUUAAAUUCAGUUCGAAACCGAAACUU